AUGGAGGUGUGGAACUGGCAGAGAGACCAGGCAGCAGAGACAGUGUUUGUUACUGUGAGGAAUUACGAUGCCUCUCUCGCUAAUGGAGAGCAGUUUGCCAUGAAUGGGAUAAAGAUAGAAUGGGCUGGCAAUCCCUUAAAGGAAUACUGGUCAAACGGAGACAAGAGUCGCUGUGUCCCAAAGGAGGUGUCAUUUCUCUCAUUUGAAACCAUGGGAAUCCUCCUGGCUGCAAUCUCAUUGGUCGGCGCGUGUUUAAUAACCACAGUGGUGUCAUUGGUCUUCAUUCACUUCAAAAAGACUCCCAUUGACAGGGCCAACAACUCUGAGCUGAGCUUCCUGAGGAAAACAAUAGUGGUGUUGAUGACCUUAAGGGCUACACUUCCAGCCAGUAAUGUCAUGAAAUGUUUUGGGCUUCCACAGCAGAGACUCAGUGUUCUGGCUUUCACUCUCAUACAGGUCCUGAUCUGUGCUCUUUGGUUAACAGUCUCCCCUCCUUUCCCCUACAAGAAUAUGAAAACAUAUCAGGAAAAGAUCAUUCUAGAGUGUGAUGUGGGUUCAGCUAUUGGUUUCUGGGCUGUGUUAGGCUAUAUAGGACUCCUGUCUCUCUUGUGCUUUGUGCUGGCUUUUCUGGCUCGGAAGCUGCCUGAUAACUUCAAUGAGGCCAAAUUCAUCACCUUCAGCAUGCUCAUAUUCUGUGCAGUCUGGAUCACCUUUAUCCCAGCUUAUGUCAGCUCUCCUGGGAAGUUCACUGUAGCUGUGGAGAUCUUUGCUAUUCUGGCCUCUAGUUUUGGUUUACUUUUCUGUAUAUUUGCUCCCAAGUCUUAUAUCAUAUUACUUAAACUUUAUACACACUUUAGUAUUGAGAGGGGUUAG